AUGAGAGCCGCCAGAGAAAAGAUCCCCCUGGAACAGUUGGGAAUCACUGAGCUGCGACCCAGAAGGGCCCUCACGGGCGCCCUCAUCCUUGAGGUAGUAGGCGACAAGGAGGGCGUCAAGGCCAAUUCCCUGGCGGAAAGACUGAGCGAAGCCUUGGCGGGAAAGGAGGGUGUAACCAUCAACCGCCCGUACAAGAAGGCUGACCUCAGGAUUCGUGAUCUGGACGAGUCCGUGUCCGCCAGGGAUAUAGCACAGGCUAUCGCGAGGAUCGGCGAAUGCUCCGCCGAACUGGUCAAGGUGGGCGAAAUUAAGUACACCCCAGGAGGAAUGGGUACGGUCUGGGCGCAGUGCCCGCUGACGGCAGCGAAGAAAGUGACGGCCUCGAAAAGAAUUCGGUGCGGCUGGUUAUCGUACCGGGUGGAGGCACUACCCCCUCGAGGCCUGCAAUGUUACAGGUGUCUGGGAGCAGGUCAUACAGGUGCCAAGUGCACAAGCUCGGCGGACCGCAGCAACUGCUGCUACCGCUGCGGCGGGGUAGGUCACAGGGCGAACGCCUGUUCCCUCCCGCUGGAAUGCCCAACAUGUAAGGAGGCAGGAAGAAACGCGAGCCACAAGAUCGGUUCAGUGAGCUGCAUGAUUGGCCCGGGCGGUGGCAAGAAGCGGUUGGCUGCCGCGAACCCAGCGAAGGUGAGCAACCAGGCGGAACAGGAGAGACCUGGACGCCCCACAUCUAGACCAACGGAGACGAGGAACGCUCAGCUUCCGUUGUCGGGGGCGGAACAAUUGCCACCUCGAGAGAGAAGGCUUUCCCGGGAUCAGAUUGAACGGGAACAGACGGCCAUGCAGGUGGAUCCGGUGCCAGGGACGAGUUCGGGCUUGGAGGAGGCCCUCAAUCAUCGAGUUAAUGGGUCAUAG